AUGGUUCUUGAAGCUACAAUGAUAGCCAUUGAUAACUCCGAGUAUAUGAGGAAUGGAGAUUAUUUAACAUCUAGAUAUGAUGCCCAGCUCACGGCAACGGAGUUUAUUUUUCAGAAUAAAGUUAAUUCGAAUCCAGAAAACACUGUCGGGUUAUUGGCAUAUGGUGGAAACGGGCCUCAAGUAUUAUCAACUUUAACCACAGACUUCGGUAAAAUAUUGUCCGGAGCUCACGAAACAAAGAUAUCAGGAGAAAAUCACUUUUCGAGUGGUAUUCAAGUUGCAGCCUUAGCGUUGAAACACCGUCAAAAUAAAGUGCAGAGUCAAAGAAUCAUAAUAUUUGUUGGUAGUCCAGUCACUGAAUCCGAAAAGGAUUUGGAAAAGCUAGCCAAAAAGAUGAAGAAAAAUAACGUAGCCAUUGAUAUCAUAAAUUUUGGUGAAGAAUCAGUUAAUACAUCAAAGUUAGAGAAAUUUAAUUCGAUUAUAAAUAACCAUGAUAACUCGCAUCUAGUUUCUAUUCCACCAGGACCAAGAUUAUUAUAUGAAGUUAUUGCUACAUCGCCUAUCUUAGUCGAAGAUGGCUUCGACAUGGGUGGCAAUGGCACAGAUAUGGGUAUGGAUGCAUUUGGUGGAGGUAAUGGUGAUAUCAUCGAUCCGAAUAUGGAUCCAGAUUUAGCUUUGGCUUUGAGACUUUCAUUAGAAGAAGAAAAGGCAAGACAAGAAAGAGAAGCGGCAGACAAGGCCAAGGAUGAGUCCGGUUCAAAUGAUUUGGAACAAAUUGCAGAAGAUAAAGAACAACCUGAUCAUAAUAAUGAAGACACCAAUAUGAAAGAUGCCAAUUAG